AUGGAAGCCCUUUUGUCCCAUAAAGACAACUUGGAAUUCCUUCAUCUUGAUUUCGCUGAGGCAGCUCUCGCUAGCUUUUACCUCCACGGACCACGAGAACGACUAUACAUGGGUGUUGAGCUGCGACAAAUGCACAAAUUGAAACGCCUUAUUCUAGGGUCUCAGAACAUAUGUGGACUUCUAGCGAAUGGCACAGUGUAUGAUUACACGAUGGACGCAUCUAUUCAGACUCCAAGAGUUGUUGAAUGUAUUCCAGAGUACUUGGAGUACCUUGAGAUUCACAGCUGUGGAAGGAACAUCAUCAAUCAGCUCGAGGAGUUCCUCGACACUCUGGCCGAUCCAGGUCGGAUCCCAAAAUUGAAAUCUGUCAAGUUUACAUUCAACAAGAAAUGGGUGAAGGAAGAAGAAAUGAAGAGCCUUGCUACGAGUAGAGAUGGUCUAGUACUGGAGGUUAUUCGAUGUCGGUGA